GCAAGCAGGAAAGGGAGACAGAGAGAAAAUCCCCCAUUUUAGCUCAACAGUAUUACAGCAGUGCAGCGAUAUCUACAACAAUGGCAGUCUGGCACUCUCAGCACUGUGCUAUUGAUCCAAGCAGUGGAAACCCAAUACUUGAACACGCUCUUUGAUUUUUUUUUUUACAUGUAGUUUUCAGUUGAAAUUGAAAAACUGCAGAAAUUCUCACUGAACAUGCUCAGUAGUACAGGCACACUGACUUACUAACCGGAUCUCUUCUAAGACACCGCACUGGAGACAGAGAGCACGAGUGAGGGAGUGAGCGAUCGAGCAAGCGCAGGAGGGGGAGAGAGGAACAGAGUGAGCACAGCAGAGUAAAAAGAGGAAAAAACAGAACAGAGGAGGAGGAAGAAGAAGAAGCAUAGAGAAGGAGAGUGUCACAAGAGGAAGGAGGAGGAGAAUGCUUGGCGUCUGGGCAACACUUCCACGCUUUUGUCCAGAGCCUUUGUGAAUACACCAUGGGAUGCAUCGGCUCCAGGAGACUGACUGCGGAUGGCGUGCCAGUCCAAAAGGAUGGGGAACAACAUGGACGUUCAGAGUUUUCAUGGGAAGGAAUCAAUCUGUCCAUGGAGGACACCACAUCAAUCCUGCCUCGGCUCAAGAGGAACUCAAAUGCCUAUGGCAUCGGGGCUUUGGCUAAGUCUUCUCUGUCAGGUGUGUCAGGAGUCACCCGCACCAUGAAGGAGAGAGUGACCAAGCCCACGGCCAUGGCCCAGGGUCGUGUUGCCCACAUGAUCGAAUGGCAAAACUGGGGCAUGCAGACGGUUGGUGCAGGAGGUAUCCCCCAGUCCCGCAUCAGCACCCAGGAAAGGGAGAAAGAGAGGCGGGCAGAGAACGACGCCUACAGCGACCUCAGCGAUGGAGAGAAGGAGGCUAGAUUUGCUGCAGGCAUUCUGCAGCAGUUUGCAAUCUCAGAAGCAACUCUCUUGGCGUGGUCGUCAAUGGAUGGGGAGAGCCCGAGGUCGAGUUCAAAUCAGGGCAGCGUAGCUCACCUGAGCGAGGUCAACCAGGAGAGCAUCACCAGUCGAGAUCAGAUAUUACACCAUUCCUCAGCAGAGGUGUGGCCUCACACUUACGUUUCCCACGGCCACUACUGCCUCUCAUCCUCCGACGCCUGGGAACCGACCAACAACGACCCUUCUGGCGUGGCGUCCCCCCCAGCAGGCUCUUACAUCAUGGGGACAGACGGCUAUGAUGGGCAAGUGGCGGCUCACUUCCUGUCCCAGCAGCAGCAGCAGCAGCAGCAGCAGCAGCAGCAGCAGCAGCAGCAGCAGUACAACCUUCAGCAGCAGAGCCAGCUCCAGCAGCUGCAGCAGCUCCAACAGAUCCAGCAGUACCAGCAACAACAGCUUCUGCAGUAUCAGCAACAACAGGCUCUGGAGCACAGGCUGCACAGUGCCAACCAUUCUCUGCAGGCGACACCCAACAGCACCAUCCACAGUCUGGUUCAUCAGGUCCACCCUCCGCUGGUUGAUCUGUGGAACACGGGGCAGAUGGAGGCCUAUCAGGCAGAAGCCGGAGGCUACAUGGGAGUGGCGGCGGUGGUGGAGGCGGGCAUGUGUGUUCCGGCGGGAGAGGAGGUGGUAGGAACCGAGCACUCCCCAUUACUAGAGCAGCAGGAGGAGGAGGAGCAGGUCAAGGAAGAAGAUAUAACGCUGGCCCUGGAACAGGAGUCGACCAUGUUGACUCCAUCCACGCAACAAGGAGAUGCCUCUGGAGGCAGUAGUCCGGGGCAACCGCCAGUGGAGCCAAUCACAGAGCGCAAGGCCUCCGAUGUCACCUCUGGCCUCAUUCAGAUGCUGGAGGAGGAGGAGGAAGAGGAGGCAGGGCCAUCUAUCUCCAUGGCCACCAACUGAGGUCCUGAUUAUUAAAAGAUUCCUGAAUACAAACGAACCUCGGAGUCAGCAAGGGACGAGCAACAUACAACAACAUAUAUCUAUUAAUCUGUUCCUUUUCAGGUAUCAAAAACUUUUCGGUUUAAAGGUGAAUUCCUUAAAAUGACUCACAAUGAGACAUGAGCUCAUGCAACAAAGGACACCUCUGUUUUUGUAAGCUUUACAUCCCAAAGGUUUGAAAAGUAGAGCGAAAACAGAGCGGAGGAGGUGAACAGGAACCAGACUGUGAUGAAGAGGAUGGAAACAUGCAUGCUUUUUCUUUGAAGACCAACAACUCAACUCUAUCUUUGUCUUAUGAUAAAAAUAAAAAUCUAACAUAAAUCAGCAUAAUAAGAGGAACAAUUUUUGUAAUAAAGUUAAAAAAAAGAACAGAUAGAGAUGUAUAAGUGUGGUCUUACAGGUUUCCUGAGGGAGAACUGCUCUGUUUACAGCCCUUUCUUAACACAUUCAUUUUCUUCUUGGAUCAAACACAUGCACCCUAAUACUGCAAAAAGCAACCCAAGCAGUUUCAUAGAUGCUUUAAGAAGUCUCAGCAUUUCAGUGAAAUGCAGUUUAACUCCUCUGAAAUCAAUUCUCCUGCGACGUUGUGGCACAACCCAUGGGCGAGCCCGCUCUGCUGACUACACACACCCGACCCAGCACAGAUAAGGAUUGUACUGUAAGAUAGUGUGCUUCCUACUCUGUCUCUCUGUAUGCAUGUCUUUCAGAGUACCACGGAGUACCUGUAACUAUACAGCACUGUAAAAGACUUUGCACUGAACUGUUGCAAUCCCAGGUGGGAGUUCCUUGAUGGAGACGGCUGCACAUGCGACUUUAGUUGGGUUCUUGUUGUUGUUUUAUUGCACUAAAGCAGUCCAGUAGAUCAGAGUUUGUCUUUGGACUGUUGGCAUUAACGCAAUUCCCACCCUGACAACCAAAACCACCCGAGCCGCUUCAUGACACAGGAACACUCAGCUGCUUUGUUUUUCACAUAGAUCCUGACACACCAAGUAUGUUGACCACAAUUCUGAAUGUACUGGACAACGGGGGCCGGUGCACGGGCGAUGAUGAGUCACUACGGCCCGCGCCGUACACACGGACAUGGAAAUAUCUAAAUUGUAACCAGCAAUAGGCAGAGGAAACACUGGCCUUCCAAAAAAGUCCAGCUCUGUCAUUAAGAUGUAAAUACAAAUAGUAGAAAUUGCCUCUCAGUCACAGUCACGGCAAUUCUUUUGCAGUAUGAUUUCUUUAUUUUUCUACGCCUCUUGGGUCCUAAUUUAUUUUGGGGACUGCGCUCAAGCUUGCUUUGUUUUGUUUAAUGCUGCACAAUUAAAUAUGAAAUGGACUGAGCCAGUAGCUGGUUGAGCUCAAUCAGGUAACCGCACUGAAGACUGGAGGUGAAACAAGACUGGUGUCUUCCUGCUCAUCGUUACUACUGUGAAGCAGCUGCCUGGGUGGGAGUAAUGAGUGGGGAGCAUUUUUGUCCCCAAUUGAUUUCAUUUUAUUAAGGAAGAGUGCAUGUUUCCCAGUAGGAAGGGUGGUUAAACGGUGGUGGUGAACUUUCUGCUCCUGUCUGCUUGUCUCUUUAUAAUGUCUGGGAAACACCUUCUCUUGCUUUGAGGACACUUUGAAGACAACAUCUGCAGUUUAUUGACUUGUAUGAAUUUAUUUAUUGAGUGCUUCUUUAUGCAAUGUCAGGGGACAAUAUUUAUUUUUCUACUGCCUUGUUGAGAUCCCUUCCAGUAUAAGUUAGGAUAGGUGUCAGGGCUAUAAAGCAGACUCGUUUUGUUCUGGUUUUGAGCACCUGUCUGCCCAGAGAUAAGAGACUGAUUGUUUGGCAGCUCCUCGUGGGAAAUAAUUGAACAUUGCCUUGCAAAAAUAUUCCCCCUCUUAUACCCCUAAAUAAAAUCCAGUACACCCAAUCGCCUUCAGUCUUUGCCUAAUUAGUAAAUAGUGAGUCCACCUGUAAUCACCAUGUAAAUCCAGCUGUUCUGUCAAGGUCUCAGAGAUUUGUUAGAGAACAUUAGCGAACAAACUGCAUAAUGAAGAACAAGGGACACAGCAGACUGGCCAGAGUUACAGUUUUGAAGAAUUUUAAAACAGGAUCCCAAGGUUUGAACAUCUAACAUUUCACUCUUCAACUCAUCAUCUGAAAAUGGAAAGAAUAUGACAGGCCUGGCAGGGAGGCCAUCAAUCAAAGAAGCAGACAAGAGGCUCAUAGUAACUCUGGAGGAGCUGUAGAGAUCCACUGCUUAGGACAAGAGCUCGUCAACAGGACAAAUAAUAGCCAUGCACUCCACAAAUCUGGCCUUUAUGGAAGAGUGGAAAGAUAAAAGCACUGGUUUAAAGACAUAAAUAUAUAAAGAGAUAAAUACAGGGUUAACUUAGAGGGAAACCUGUUAGAGGCUGAAAAGACUUGAGACUGAGUCAGAGUUUCACCUUCCAGCAGGACAAAGAAAAAAAAUAUUCAGCCCUUAGAUGUGCAAAGCUGGUAGAGACAAAACCUAAAAGAUUUGGGGAUGUAAUCAGAGCAAAGGGUGGUCCUACAAAUUAUUGUCAAGGGGAGAUGUGAUCCAAAGCAUGCCACACUUUUCCCAUUUUUACUUGUAGAAAUUGUUUAAUUCAUGUAUCAUUUUUCUUCUGCUUCACAACCAACCACUACAUUUUAGUUUGUCUAUCCUGUAAAAUCCACAUAAAACACAUUGACAUUGGUGGUGAAUACUUUUGCAAGGCCUUGUAGUCCGAAACUUGUUUUGGGAAGUUGUAACAACUUCUUAAGAAAGCUCAAACCCACAAACAGAACGUCUUUACACUAUGGCGAGUACUAAUUUAUUUAUUGAACCACUACUUGGUAGGGAGAAACACCUUGAUGAUGUACAGAGGUUAUUUCAUGUAGAUACCGACUCAUCUGGGAGCAGUAUCUUUUUUCUUUGAGUUUAAGCUGUAAUGUAGUUGAAAGAUUGAUGAUUUUGUUUGAGAUGAAAGCCUCACAGCUUAUUUGGGCCUGACUGUUUGCUUUUAAAAUAAGAUUUCAGAGGGAAAGCUGUGGAAAGGACACUGCUUCUCUUUGAGCUUUAUUGCUUUUUUCCUUCUUUUUAAAAAAAAAAUCAGUUGAUCUCGAUGAAUGAAUAAAGAAAUAACAUGAAACCAAAUAUAUUUCUGUGGAUGUUAAAGGUUUACUGAUCAUGUCCUUGUUAACCUUACCUGACUUCCUCCCGUUUUUAUCUAAUUUCCACUGCCGUCUCUGAGGAGUUUCAGUAACGUUUCUGCAGGCAGGAUGGUCAAAAAACUGCCUCUGAUCCUCUGCCUUCUUCUCUUCCUCUCUGUCCGUUCUGUAUACUUGUAUCUGCGUGUAUGUCUGUAUGUGUACAGUAAAAAAAAAAUGUCCACUGUCUUUUUGGAAAAAGUCACUGCCUGGAAUAAUAAACUUUUCACAUCAGUCAAAGAGGGAUUUGGAGCCCUCCAUAUGUGGAAUUUGGAGUUGUGUGCCGAAAACGGCUGUAUAAAAAACGAUAUAUAAAACCAGAUGACUUCUGUAAACAGCUGCAUAAAACUGGAUUUGUUUUAAACGAGGCAGUGUGACUGAUUACACACCUAUGCAUGCUUGUUGGACGGUUCUCACUGGUUGGUUCUUCCAUGUGGUUUCCCCUCUCUCUUCUGUCCGCAGCUCUCUCUUUCUUUCCCCUCCUUUUUCCUGCACGACACAGCCUCCUUCACCUUCUCCGGCUCUUCUACCUGUCUCCUUUUAUUUUCCUUCUGGUGGAGAAAGAGCAAAUAAACAGACCAAACAAAUUGCA